AGGAGCUGACAUCUGAAUCAGAACAUCCUGUUGAAUACACCUGUUGAAUACACCUGUCUCAAUGUUCUACAGGACUAAGAAGACCGUGGCUGGAUCUUCAGGCUGGUUGUGGCAUCACCCCAGUCCCUUCGCACUGAGCCAGGCUGAGGAACACAGGAGUGCCCUGGCAAAGGGACAGUGAUGGAGGUGCCACUGGUUAACUUUGAGAACAUGGAUGAUAUCGGCAUCAACAUGGGCGUCCCCGGUGAUUCGGGGUACCCCACUUCACCCACUUCAGAGGCAGCGCCUGAUCAGAACCCUGUCACCAAUCGUGUGAUGUCACCAAAUCCAUCACAGCACCAUGGGCACCAGACCAGGCCAGAGGGGUUUUCUCCCUCUACAACGCCUAUACUGACUACUAAAGACCCGUCUAGCUGCAACAGUCUGCUGUCCAACUUCAAACUCCUGAUGAACAGUGAAGGCUCGCCGACCGACAGUGUCUUCAGUAAGUUGGUUCAGGAGUGCUGUGAUAACGAAGAAGACCUGUUUGGGGAGAAACUGGGAGUGGAGGACGGGGAUCCGAAAGUGGUCAUCAAUAUUUCAGGCAUGAUGUUCGAGACACAACUCAAAACUUUAUCGCAGUUCCCAGACUCCCUGCUCGGAGACCCCAUGAAAAGGAUGGAAUACUUUGACCCGAUGAAGAACGAGUACUUUUUCGACCGGAACCGUCCCAGCUUUGAUGGGAUCUUGUACUUCUAUCAGUCUGGGGGCAAAGUCCGAAGACCGGCCAACGUCCCCUUAGAGAUUUUUGCAAGAGAGAUAGUUUUCUAUGAGUUAGGAAGAGAAGCUAUGGAACAGUUCCGGGAAAUUGAGGGGUUCAUAACAGAACCCGAGCCGCUGUUGCCCACCAACGAGGUCCACAAGCAGUUCUGGCUCCUGUUUGAGUAUCCGGAGAGUUCCAGUGCAGCUAGGUCAGUGGCCCUGGUGUCUGUCUUCGUUAUUGUCAUCUCUAUCUUCAUUUUCUGCCUGGAGACUCUGCCAGAGUUCCGUGACGACGUAGACUUUAUCACCACCUUUUCCCUGGGGGUAAAUGGAACCCAGGAGGGUCCUCCUAUAGUCCAAAAAGACUUAUUUGCCUAUUUUACAGACCCCUUUUUCAUUGUAGAAACCAUCUGCAUAAUUUGGUUCUGCUUUGAGCUUGGCGUACGCUUUGUGGUCUGCCCCAGCAAAAGUGACUUCUUCCACAACAUUAUGAACACCAUUGACAUUGUCUCUAUAAUACCCUAUUUUGUAACCAUGGCUACAGAGCUGUACACCACGCCAGAUGAAGACAUCAACUCCAGCCAAAACAUGUCACUGGCCAUCUUACGCAUCAUCCGUCUAGUGCGAGUCUUCCGGAUCUUUAAGCUGUCCCGACACUCCAAGGGACUUCAGAUCCUGGGCCAGACCCUGAAGGCUAGUAUGAGGGAGCUGGGUCUGCUGAUCUUCUUCCUCUUUAUUGGAGUCAUACUGUUCUCCAGUGCCAUCUACUUUGCUGAGGUGGACGAGCCCCACACACAGUUUGUCAGUAUCCCUGACGGGUUCUGGUGGGCUGUGGUGACAAUGACCACUGUGGGAUACGGGGACAUGUGUCCUACUACUUUGGGAGGCAAAAUGGUGGGGACUCUCUGUGCCAUUUCCGGCGUGUUGACCAUCGCCUUACCCGUCCCUGUUAUCGUCUCCAACUUUAACUAUUUCUACCACCGGGAGACAGAGCAAGCAGAGAAACAAGUGAUUGACGAUGCAGCAGAAGCAGCUCAGAAAAUAACCGACGCAAAUAAGUAUGAGUAUGGUAGCACACCCUCUCUUAACAUUAACACAAUCAAUGGUAGCUUGCAGAAUGACAAGAAUGGUAUGUAAUGGGUUUAUCAUUUAAGGGAUUAUAACCAAGGACAUGACAAACUGAGAAAUCUAACAUAUACCAAAAUGCACUGAUAUUAUUUUUGUCUCAGUGUUUUAUACUCUAUUCAUUGCAGCGUUGGUCCAUGUAGUAGGCUAUACUAUACAUCUCUUUCACAAUAUUCAAAAUAAGGAAGUAAUAUUGGUUAUCAGCCUGCCUGAUCAGCAUGUGGAUGUGUCAAAGUGUAAUUAAGAUCAAAUGAACACAGUUACAGCAUAUUACAUUUACAGUUGGCUCUGGACAGACCUUGUGCACGUAGUGUGAUUAUAAGCGCUUAAAUCCUAAGCAGAUGUAUUUGGCAACUUGUUUCCUUUCAAAUCAUCUUAUAAAUAAUUCAAAUAUUAAUUACACUUUGAACUGCAUUACUGUACAUUGUCAAAGACUGAAGUAUGGAUCAGGGAUCAGAUCACCCUUGGAUAAGGGCUCAUGUUAAAACUCGUUUUCAUGGUGUGGUUUGCGACAUUCAUCAGCCUGCCAUAUUCAGCAGUCUCUAUAUAGAUCUUGGCAUGAUCUCCAAGGACUGUCUGGAAGAGCACUUCUGGAAGGAGACAUGGGGACACCAUUGAGUGCACAAUAUGCUGUCAGAAAAUCCAUCAGUUGUGGACACCGCAGUAGUUUUAUCACACCAUCUAUCUAAUAAUGCAGUCGUUUUAUCACACCAUCUAUCUAAUAAUGCAGUCAUUUUAUCACACCAUCUAUCUAAUAAUGCAGUUAUUUAUCACACCAUCUAUCUAAUAAUGCAGUCGUUUUAUCACACCAUCUAUCCAAUACUAACUACCUACUUUAGCAGGUUAGCUACGUUGCUUAUGACUUCAAUCUGUAUACCUUACAGUACUGUAGUAAAAAAAUAACUAAAUCAUGGCAUGUUAUGAUAUCAGGUCAAAAUGUCAUAAUAUUUAGACCAAACCCUAACCCUAACCUAUAUACACCUUCAUCUUAACCUUUCUAUGUAUUUCAGGAAAAUAAUCCCAUCAAAAGGAACAGUAGUUGCAUGUUAAGCUCACACAACGUAUUACAUCAUAUGAAAAUGUGUUGAUUCGCGCAAUAGCAUCAAGAACACGCUUAUUGAUAGAAAGCAAUCAAAAGAGGUAAGGACAAAGUGGCACACCUCUUUGUACCGUUAUUGAUUGAAGCGUUAUUCCAACAUUUAGCUGUCGGUGGCCUUGCAUGGUAUACAGUAGUGUGCCGAAACAAUGAAACACUGGUAUGAUGUAUCAAUACAUGUAGGGCAGAUAGUUCUAGUGACUCUCACAUUUCUCUCGUACUGUAGUUCUUUUAAUGCCUUUCCAUGCAUUUGAUAUGGACAUAACUCAAUUGGAUUUUGGAUUUUUUUGAUAAACGUUUAGUUAAUGCCAUCAAUGAAUUAACAAAUGAACUAUUACAUUAACACACUUUAGGUAUAGUUUAUACUAUGAUAUGUAUUUAUAAAUAAACCCAUAUGCAUGCUACACUUCAAAUAUGAACAUUUAUAUUAUCAGCGGUUAUACAAACAAUGACCAUGCAGAAAUGGCAUUGGAUAUAUUGAGUUGCUCAACACUGCAAUGAACUGUUUCUUGAAAGAGUUCCCACAUAUGCUGAGCACUUGUUGGCUGCUUUUCCUUCACUCUGCGGUC